UCUCUUGUCAUUCCGAUCCCCAUCCAUCCUCUCCCUUGGGCUCCUCAACCAUGGCCGCUCUGUGGAUAGAGGUGACCAUAUGGCCUCUCUGUGGAGAGAGUCAGAGAUAUACAGAGAGCUAGUUGUGGGCCAUGGUGAGGGAGUCAUUGGAUCGAUGCAACCAAGGGCAGGAAAAAAAAUCCAAACCCAAAGAGAGGUAUGAAUAUGUACCGGUUCAAAGGCUGGACGAGUCUGCUAAGCGAUUCACAUCCAGGCUAAGCUAGGUGUACACGUGCACUGAGGUCCUAUCCGAUAAUUCAGAUCCCCUUUCUGUUUAACACCGUGUGUAGUCGCAUGUUAUAUGUAGAUCUAAUAUUAUUUUCUGUUUUUCAUAAUAAUCGGAUCGGAUUCUUUUGUACUACUCUAGUUUAUUUCUUUCAUCACAAUUGGAACAAUUUUCUUGUGUCUAUAUUAUGCAAGAAAACAAGAGGGGUAUACCGGCCCACAAACGCAGAAAACAAGGGAUGAUACGCCGUUCCUGGGCUCGUAAUCCACCAAAGCGUCUUAAGGCUACUACCCCGCCCCGAUUGCACUGCGCUUUCGCCAAUCGCGCACCUGUUCUGUUCCCCUCCCAGCAGUGCGCUUUCGCUGGUUGCUCUCGGAGGCGCGCCCCCGCGGCGGCGUUCCCCAUUGCCAGAUCCGCCAUGUCUCGCGGAACCCGUGUGUCAGGCGAUGUGAUGGGAAAUAUACCAGAGUGGGCGCUACGGGAUGAGUUCCCUGAGGAGAUCAAUUUUCCAGAUGACUUCAAUCCUGGCAACGGCCGCAUCUUGACUCUCAACAACCGACUGCGCUUAACUUACGAGGAUAUUGGUUGGACUCAAAAUAAGAUAAAUGAAGCCUAUGAUAAACAAGAAAGAGCAACACUUCUGCAAGGACAAAGCAGUUAUGAAACAUCAAUGGCUAUCGCCCAGCGCGAGAUCAGAGACUGUGAAGACUCAAUGCCAUUACUUGCUGGGCAGGCAAAGUGUUUGAUUGCAGAAGUUAUAGCUGUGGGGGGUGAGCCCUUUGUUGCUGGUUUUGUGCGUCAGUUUCUUGACAAAGUUCCAGAUGCUGUUACCCUUCCGAAUGGCUCCCUUUCAUACCUCUGUAACAGGCCUCACUAUUUUUCCUGAUGAAAUCUCGGUACCUCAAGGUCUGCCUGCAGUUAGUGUCUUUUGGGGCAAGGAUCCAGUGAGUGCAGCGCAAUGUAACCGCUUCCUUCAGAUCAGGUACAGUGCAUUGGCAAGAAAUGUCAACAGGAUUCGUUAUUUACACGAUCACCGGCUUCGACUGGAAGUUGAUGCUCAGGCCACUGUUGCUGGCAACGAUCUCACAUCUAAGAUCCAGUCUUGCAGUACAAUGUUGGCUAAUGUGGUGCAGGUGAUACAUAAAUGCGAGCAAUUGUAUGGAAGCCAGAUAUUCCACAUGCCAGCUGCACUAAGAGACAAGAUACUGGAAGAUCCUUCUAUAGUCAAUCAGGGCCAGCUACCAGACAUCGAUUGUCUCCUUUCUCUCUACCCUCAAGGUAUUCCACAGAAUAGCCCGAUACAUCAUGGCAGAGCAGUCUUUCUGCUAUUUGAAUCUGCAAUGGGCUAUUCGCUGUUUUGGGCGUACAACACUCUCUCCCCCGCUGACUUGUUGAGCUUUGAGAGCUUUACAUCUGUUGUCAAGCUUAUAGUGCAUUAUCCUUUUGCAACACAAGCUAUCGCCAUCCAAGAGUUUCAACAUAUCAAUAAUGACACCUGUAGUGCUAUGCUGAGGCUUUUUCUAGAGUUGCACUUGCCGCAGCUGACAGAAUGGGGAUGGAACAGCUACCGGCUUGGUGUUCGCAAUAGGAGAUUUGGUCAAUCAAUUGAGACCGCAACAGGCAUUCCAUGUAGGAGGAAGAAACACUCUGUGAAGGAGCUGCGGGCUGGGAUAGAGCAAUUUUUGCACCUGUUCCUUGAGAUUGAGCAAGCCCAGCUUACGGAGGCCCAGCAAGACCUACAGAGCAAGCUCGAGGAUGACAAUCCCCAACAGUGAGUCUUGACUUCAUGGAUGACCACGAGCUCCUUCCCAAGAGAUUUACUGACUUCAUGGAUGACCAGGAGCUUUGAUGCUGAGGACCUUUCCAAGAGUUGUACUUUGGCGAAAUGUCUUGCCAUCUGUUUCUUCUGCCACGUGGAUGGUGUCUGAUGCUACAUCUGUACUUAUGUUUGGAGAUUUGGUAACCAAAAUUUUGCAUGCACCAUGGUGAUUUUUUACGUUGCAAUUUUGGUUUCCAAAUAUAACCAUUACACUGCUUACUGGAGAGUAUUUGGAAUGGUUCAGCUAUCUUAAAAUUGGGGAGUAUUUGGAAUAUUGAAUGGUUUAGCUAUGUGAAUAUUUGACAGCAGGAAUUCUCUAUGUUACUCGGUUCUUCUAUUCUUGUUCUUUGAAUCCGGCCAUCUGGAAACAUCACAAUUGAAUGAUUCUUAGAUGUCAUAACACGAUGAACCAAUGUUUUUGGUAACAUGCAAUCUUUUUGAUUUAGGGUGU